CCAUUGCUUUGCUUAUUCCAUAUAUUGAUGCCACUAUGGACGCAUCAGCUACGUUGUCGCGUCAGCCUGAUAUCCUUGCUAUUGCAAGGGAGCAGCUCGGCGUUCAGAAGCAUGUGAAGGACGCGUCCGUUCCCAAGUUCUAUCUCGCUGCGCUUCGUCAGCAUCUAGAUAUAGAUCCCUACGACACCAACUUUAGAGUCACGUUGCAACCAAAUACAGGAUAUGGCGUGAUCACAUGUUUGGAGCAAGGUUGCGCUGCUAUCAAUAUCCCAUUGAGUGCCAGACAGACUACCCGCUCAGAUGGAAAAGCGGAUGGUUUUGGUAGUUUGGCCAAUUAUAUGGCCCAUGCUAGUACAACGAAGCAUAAGCAGGCGAGACUUGCGCGCGUCAAAACCCUCCAUGCUAGGAAGGCGAUCAAGAAUGAAGCGCCAAAUGUACUUGCAUCAGACGUCGCCAUUGAUACAAAGCCGCCGCGAGGUGGCUUGUUGGCACAACUCGAUGCAAAUCUGAAUGUUAACAGUCUCUCCAACCCAAGUACCUCAGCACGACGAGCCCCAACAUUAAAAGCGCUCGUGUCAAUACCGUUGAGGCGCGGGACUGCUGGGACUGCCGUAGAGCCUGGGCCUGCUGACAGUGCCAUUCCCCGAAAGCGCACUUCGUCUCUCAUGUUCCUUGGUGCGGAAAAGGAGGAAGACAAACCUGGUGUCUCCACUCCCCCCGUAUCUAAGCGCACUACUCUUGAGCGGCCUGGGGCGCUUCUAGCGCCAGCCAAUUCCAACACGAAGUCUUCCCAAGGCCACAUUUUCGUACAGCCCACGGAUCACAAUGCUGUGCUUCCUGUGGCACACAAGGUAUCCUUGCACCGCAGCUCUGAUGAAGCCCCUUCAAGGAUCACCGGAAUCCAGAAUAACCUGAAUUCCCUGUCCAAGCUUUCUGAAUUGACAAAAGGCAGGACCGUUGAUCAAGGACUUUCCGUCAUGGCUUUCCAGAACCCUCCCCACAAUGGUGACGAAGCCGGAUAUUCUUAUGCAGCUCUUAACCACCAUCCUAUUGCAUCGGGAUCACGCGUUCGUGUCGACGCUGCUACUAUGGGGUCGUACACAGACUCUGAGGAUGAUUGGGAUCUGCGUGAUAUCUUCAGUGGCGCUGGCACUCGUGACACACGAUUCGACGAGGAUGGCGACUUCUACGGUAGAGGCAAAGACUUGUUUGUUGGCCCUACCGCGAAUCCGGGCGAUAUCGACAAGUUUUUGAUUGCUGCUGGCAAUGCGGAGCAAUUCGACGGCAAUGCCAGUGUCGACACAGCCCUCCAAAAACUCGGAUUGAAGAGUCUGUACGAUCUCCUUCCAGGAAUGGCCAUUUCUUUGUUGGCUCACCAGGUUAUCGGCGUCGCGUGGGCGUUGGAACGUGAGAAAUGUGGCGACAAGGGAGGCUGCUUGAGCGAUGAGAUGGGCUUAGGGAAGACGGUGCAGAUAAUCUCAGUGAUCAUUGCCAACCCCUCCGAUGAUCCUAGAUGCAAGACGAACCUUAUCGUUGCUCCGCUGGCCCUACUGAACCAAUGGAAGCUUGAGAUCGAGAUGAAGACCACCAACAAUUUGAAGUGUCUAGUUUACCAUGGGCCCAACAAACCCCGCAACAAGACCGACCUCAUGAAAUAUGACGUCGUGUUAACUACUUUUCACACUCUGGCACUGGAAUGGCCAGACCUAGAAGCGGAAGAAAAGGCAAAGCAGAAGGCUCAAAGGCGCAAGAAGAAUACCAAUUCCUUUAUCGAAAGUGAUUCGGGGGAUGACAGGAAACCUAAGAAGAAAAAGAGGGAAUUGGGGCUUCUCUUCCAAGUCCAGUGGUACCGUGUUAUUAUUGAUGAAGCACAGAACAUUCGCAAUCGGCGCACAAGAAUAUCUCGCAGUGUUACCGAUCUUGACACGACCUACCGCUGGUGCCUUACCGGUACACCCAUUAUCAAUGGCCUAGUUGAUGCAUACGCUCUGUUUCGCUUCCUCCGCUUCCGUCCUUGGUAUGAUUGGCAAGAGUUUAAUGGACACGUCUCCAUCAUCGAGAAAAAGAAUCCUGAAUUGGCAAGCAAGAGGCUUCAGGCUAUUUUCACAUCGAUUAUGCUGCGUCGCAAGAAAGAUUCAAUGUUAGACGGCAAGAGACUCAUCGAGCUUCCCACAAAACAUGUGGAGAUGGAGAAGCUAGAGUUUUCCCAAGAAGAGCGCGAAAUAUACCAAAUGGUCGAAGCUCGUUCCCAAGCCAAGUUCAAUCGUUUUCUCCGCGCUGGUACGGUCUUGAAAAACUAUCACCAAGUCCUUGUUAUGCUCUUGCGUCUCCGCCAAAUAUGCUCCCACCCCGCUCUUAUUCAAGAGACUUCCGAUGCGCUUGUUGCAGCAGAUCAACUGGUUGGCGAGAUUGACCUCAAGGCCGAGCUGUCUCGUGCAGCUCGGCUAGUGUCAUCAGAAUUUGUGAUGAAGCUGAAGGCAAAGUAUUUCCAGUGCGCGUUGGCCCGCAUGCAAGCAGAAAAAGAGUCCCUGGACGCCACUGCCGAAGGCGAGGAAUGCCCCAUCUGUAUGGACACAUUCACCGAGGCACGUGUAACUGCCUGCGGUCAUACCUUUUGUCGCGAGUGUAUCGCCAAUGUCCUCAAUGCUCCCUUUGUCCAAGACGCGGAGGACCCUCAUAAAUACCGGAGUAACGAGAAGCCUUGUCCCAGCUGCCGCUCUCCCAUCUCUGCAGACACCAUUUUCAUCCGCGAAGCAUUCGAACCCGCUGAUGCCGAGUUGUCAGGAGAUGCAUCGGCAUCCUCCGAUGACGAGAUGCCCGAGAUCUCUGAUAUGAUGUCUCGAGGAACGAAGGGCAAAGGCAGGGACAGGCGCAUCCGAAAAAGGCGUGCUGUGUGCGACUCGGAUGAUGAAUCGGAAGAUGAUGGCGACGACGACAUCAGCGAUUUUAUUGUCGAAGAUGGCGAGGAUGA